GCUAGCCCCAUCCAUCACUGCCCCAUUGCUCUAGUCUACUGUCUACAUGCCUUCGACCUUGGUUAUGCUUGUCAGCCGCGUUGGUCACAGUCAGAAAAGAGAGAUGAUUCACGUAUGAUCUCCAGGCCAGAGCUCAGAGGUGUCAUCGGUUCGCGGGCAGCGCACUAAGUGUGACAUGGUGACAUGUCUCGGCGCUUUGUCACGCACGAUGGCACUUUGCCGUGCUCCCAUAGUACGAGGCACUCUGCUGCCGUCCUGCCCGAAACAACGCCACCCGUUCGUAAGAGGCGACAGAUCGAUUUUAUGACCCCUGGGCUCCAUGGACUCCUGGCGGAUAUGAAGCUGGACAUCCAUAAGAGGGAGACAGCUAAGAUGGAGAGUCGGCGGUUAGCAUUGAGGGGAGAUGGUUCUUUGAACACAAUCCACCCAAGCGUCAUUACUGAAUGCUGUUGACGUCUGUACACAAUGCGCCUCGGACUCGGAUCAUUGUUUGUGGGCGUUGGCCUUUGGAGACAAUAUGUAUUUGCCAAAGACCAGGGCCCGUGGGCCGAGCAAGUGAUAGACACGACCUUUGUGUCUGUCGUCCGCACCACCACGAAAAUCAUCAAGGCGGAGCCAGACCACGUCACGACGAGGCCAGACUUCACCAUCGGGGACGGUGACGGGGUCCCUCUGCAGCACGGCUUCACCACGGUCCCGCUCUUCUCGACCGAGACUUACGAGGUCGAGGAGUGCCAGUUUGACAACGACGACCCGGGCUUCAGCAAGUGCCACACCGCCACGACCGUCGUCACCUAUGUGCGCAGCAUCUCGACAUCCUGGUACGACGACGUGACAGACACCUGGAACUCGCCGCCGCCGUGGCAGCCGACUACCAUCACCUGGGAGCCGACCUCUGUGAUCCCCCUGCCGACGAUCCUCCCGACCACCCCGACUGCGGGCUAUCCGCACCCGCCGUCGUCCUACGGCGCUCCGCCAUGGGAGACGUCGCUCGACCUCUGCGACGUCUUCUCGGCGACAUGGUGCCAGACGACGUCGAGGACGGGCAGCAUCAGCAACACCUUCAGCUAUAGCCACAGCCACACCCACGACACCCUGCCAGACCCGUGCCUGACCUCUUCGCACUGGUGGUGUCCGACACCGACGUCGUGGUCGUCGAGUGUAGGCACAUCCACCAAGACCCGGACAAGAGAUCCCAUAACCACCACGGACACCGCCGCCGCCACCACAAGUCCGAACGGCACAACACUAUCCUUCGAGCCCACGUCCGUCUGCAUCUCGCACAACUUGACCACAACGCACUUCCCCAUCCCAACCCCAUUUCUUACUACCACCAGCACCAGCAGUACCGGCCUGGGCACAUGGAACUCGAGCACCACAACAGCGCGGCCGACGAACGGCACAGCGACAACAAUCAUCCCAGUCAGCACGACCACCACUACCACGUCGAAACCGCUGUACAUCAACUCGACUUCUUUCUUUGGCGGUGGUAGCGGUGGAGCUGCUCCAACAACAACAACAACGACGCUCGUGUCCGAUAGACGGGCCAGUCCCCGCCUACGCCGGUACCUACCACAAGAAUGACACCAAAGUCACCAGGGCAAGAGUCUUCUUCCUCCUCCUCCUCCUCCUCCCACAGUAUCCAGCACGGUCAGCAUCCAAAGCAUACCCUGUCCAAGCACGUGUCCUCGGCGACGUGGCUGCC